AUGAGAACUUUCCUGUUCAGGUCACAUGACCUGGAAACAUGGCCGCUUCAGAAAGCUGAGAAAGCUAUCGAGCAAUAACAAUUACUUUGAACAGCACAAGUACUUAUCUAUAGGAAGACGUCGGUUUACUUUACGGAAAUCUGGGAGCCUCGUGGGUAUGAAGUAGCUUUACCGCGUUUGCUGAAGUUCCUCUUUGCUGCUGGAGACCAUGAAGCUGCGUGUCCAGCUGCAAUGCAAGAACCUGCAUGAAUACCUGAAGGAGCUGAGUCCGGAGAUUUUGGACAGACUCUACAACCACCCAGCGACAUGCCUGGCUGUGUACAGGGAACUCCCCUCUCUGGCAAAGAAUUAUGUGAUGCGCAUGCUGUUCCUGGAUCAGCCUCUCCCCCAGGCAGCUGUGGCAUUGUGGGUAAAGAAAGACAGUCAGAAGGACCACGAUGAAUGUGUCUCAGUGUUGGCUGGUCUCCGCCUCUGGCACAGUCAGCAGCUGCAGGGUGGUCUGCAGGGAUACAUUUUAAAUCCGGUGUUUAAAGACAACCUGAGGACAGCUUUGCUCGGGGGGGGGCGAGCUUGGGCUGAUGAGGGGAGCACGCUGGGCCCUGACCGCCAUGCACGAGACAUCGAGAGUCUUGACCGCUAUGCUAUGGAGCGCUGGGAGAUCAUCCUGCAGUUUAUGGUGGGUUCUCCCAGCGCUGUCAGCCAGGACCUGGCACAGCUUUUGGUUCAAGCAGGCCUCAUGAAAAGUGAAGCAGGAGAGGCGCCCUACAUCACCUCAGCUGGCUUCCAGUUCCUCCUUCUGGACACAGCCUCUCAGCUAUGGUACUUCACCUUGCAGUACCUCAAAACUGCUCAGUCCAGAGGGAUGGACCUGGUGGAGAUCUUGUCAUUCUUAUUCCAGCUCAGUUUCUCUAGUCUGGGCAGAGAUUACUCGGUGGAGGGUAUGAGCGAGUCAUUACUGACUUUUCUGCAGCACCUGCGAGAGUUUGGACUGGUGUUCCAGAGAAAGAGGAAGUCCAGGAGAUAUUAUCCCACCAGGCUGGCAAUCACUCUGGCUGCAGGAGUCGCCAGCAGCUCCUCCUCCUCUAACCUGGCUUCCAGUCCUGGUACUGGAGAUGCAGGUUUCAUUGUGGUGGAAACCAAUUAUCGUAUCUAUGCCUACACAAAUUCAGAACUUCAGAUUGCUCUGGUGGCUCUCUUCAGUGAAAUGCUCUACCGCUUCCCCAAUGUAGUUGUGGCUCAGCUGACAAGGGAGUCUGUGCAACAGGCUAUCGCCAACGGGAUCACUGCACAGCAGAUUAUCCAUUUUCUGAGGACCAGAGCUCACCCUGUCAUGCUCACUCGGACCCCAGUGCUGCCUCCAACUAUAACAGACCAGAUCAGACUGUGGGAGCUGGAGAGAGAUCGCCUGCAGUUCACAGAGGGUGUGCUCUAUAACCAGUUCCUCUCCCAGGCUGACUUUGAGGUUCUGCGAGACAGAGCUCAGGGCCUGGGCUGUCUGGUGUGGCAGGAUGUGGCCCACAGAGUGAUGGUGGUGACACCACAGGGACACAGCGAGGUCAAGAGGUUCUGGAAACGUCAGCGAUCUCACACGUAAACGGAGGAGGAGAAAUGUGGCUUUUCUUGCUUUCCACUACCAUCACCGUUGUUAGUACGACAGGAAAGUGAAGAUGACUUUGUAUUUUUUAUAACAUGCUAGCAUCUGAGUAUUAAACUGAACAGUUUCUGCUCAUGCUUUCCUUUUUGAGUAGCUGUGUGUAUCCUAUACUCAGAAUCAGGUUUUGAUUACUGAGUUCUCAAAGACACCCUUUGGACUCUAAGUACUACAAAGUACUGUGGAACAUCCACUGUAAAUAAUCGUAUAACUGGUGGAGUUACAGUGAAAAAGCUGACAGCAAUAAUGGAACCAAACUCAGAAGAUUAAUUUGUAAGAAGCCAACUUUAUUAAUUGAUCUGUUUGGUGUUGUGACCUGAGAACUAAGUGCAUGGCUCAAAGACACCCUGUACACACUGGAUAAGGAUUGUGGCUUCUUAUAUUUUUGAGUUCAGAAUAAAAGUUGUUGAAUUAUA